AUGACCCUUGUGAUUCAUGUCGCCGCCGAGGUUCGAAAUGCAAGUACAACGAAAGGCGCCCUAAGCGUGGUCGACGUCGGAAAGUGUAAGCACGAGGAUCGGUGCCACCUACGAGACGUACCAUUCACUAAGCGACGACAUAGUGAGGCUCUAGAGGCAGAUUUGCCAUACGCAGAGAGGCUGGUCAAUUUUUACUCCGCACCUGUCUCAGGACUACGGCGUGCACCAGCUAAUUGUUCCAAGCCCUCUGCUGACCUUUCCGAAGCCUCGGAAGCCUUUGACGUCAUUCCAGGUCCUGGAGGCCAGGUCCUAUUCCCGGAACAUUUUGAUGAACAGAUUCACGAUAUCUUGGAGCCAGGUGAUACUCGUCUGGCUUCGGCUACGAGCUUGCCCCAGGAAAAUAGCUUGUCUUAUCCCGAAACCAUGAACUACUGGCAAACUCCCGAGGGUGAUUUUGCAUUCGUUGCAGGUUACGAAAGACCCGCAUCAGGACAUGAAAACGUUUCAGAUAACUUUCCAUUUGUGUUAAAUGAUCGAUUGUCGCCCACUAGUGAGUUGCUAUCGCCAACAGAGGGAAUGACCUCAAGUAGUGGGUCAUGGGGGGGAAGCGAGAUCUGGGAUAGCGUGCAGCAGUUUUUUGACACAAUGUACUUUGUGUUACCUGUCUUGUCAUACCAGCGUCUACUUUCCCGCCUCAUCACGGAACCUAUCUGGACUUCUAAUCCAGAUUUUCGUACCUUACUUCUCUCGAUCCGAAUGUUGAAUACUGCGAGUGAAUUCCGGAUGGGCUUGAAACAGAGCACACCUCUCUUUGAUCUCAUACACCAAGUUGAGAGAUCUCGUCUUUGCUAUGAAUUUGCUGAACCGCCAACACUCGAUGCAGCAGUGGUUUCGCUGUUCCUGUUCACGGCAUAUAAUGUGCUGGAAAAACACACUCGUGCGUUCAUGUAUCUGGAUGAAGCAUUCUCUCUUCUGGACGCGGUGGAACUUGUCGGUGAAGAGGAGGAGCGUCGAAAGCGGCAAAUCGAACAAGUUUUGUUUAAUACGGAGGCUGCUUCACUUGCGAUAUAUGGUGGAAAAAGGAUGAAGCGUAGAGCCCGCAGACCAUUGAUGAUCCUGGACGAACGACCGACAGUAUCGGACAAGACCGAGCACAAUGCGGAAAUCGAUAGAGUGGCAACGGACUUGCUCAGACGUCUCACUCAAAUACACCUCGCAGAUGACGCAGACGCAUUGCAGAUGACGGACAUUGAGUCGGAGGCUGAUAUCCGGGCGCUCUUCGGGGCAGUAUUCCAACGACAUCGAUAUUCCCGGAUUCAGGCUGCUGAUGUUGUCAUCACUCGACAGUGGCAACUUUCGUCCAAGCUAGCGGGGAGUCUCAGAAAUGGGAUGAGUGGCCCAAAACUAAAUGAGACACAAGUUGAACAACUGGGUAUGGCGGCUAUGGCAUGGAUUUGCUUGCUCGAAGAAGGUGAGCUGCGCAUUGUGGGCUUGGGCAAACUGUCUGCGCUGGUUCAAAAUAUCUUCACGUUGGUCGGUCAUGGCAAAUGUCGAUAUGUUCUUGGUGGCCUCGUGGGUGCCGUGCUCAAGGAAGACUACGAGAGAAAUUUUGCACAUGCGCUCGUACAUGUCAGCAUGUCUCUGGCGCCGACAGGACCUUCUCCGAUUCCGCCGCUGUGGGACAACGAAAAUGGGGACCGAGACUCUCGAGUAUGCGCUACUGUCCCUGCUGAAGAUGGUGACUCUCAAAGCGCAAAGAUCUUGCAUGCUUUCACCACGACCGGGGAGUCUUCAACGCGAGAAGAAAUACCCCCAACAAUUGGACUCAUGGAAGAAGAGCAACUCGAAGACUUGAACCCUGGAAACAUUGACUGGCUGCUCGAUCUAUCCUAA